CAUCACACACACACUCGUGAGCGCGCAUAACCUAGAAGCGCUAAAAACGAGGAGGAGUUGCGGGCUGCAGUCUCACGUAGGUGCGGAGUGAAAAACGUUGAAAGGGCAGCCGCGCCGCAGCCUCAGGAAUAAGACACGCCUCACCACUAAGACACUCCUCACCACACGCUCGAAGCAAGAUGCGCGCCGCCGUCGCCCUGGCCCUCGCCAUGACGCGCGCGGCCGCCGCGCUGGAGAUGCGCCCGAGGCCGCUCCUGACGGCCCUCGUGCUGGGCGCCGUCGCCGCGCAGGCGCCGGCCGGAAUGGCGACGCUCGCGCCGACGCCCAUCUCCGAGUUCUCGUGCGCAUUUAUGAAAGAGGACGAGGACAGCCUGAUGUUCGACUGGGAGAGCACGCAGGAGAUGGUCCACGCCUGGGGCGGCUUCUCGCAGUGUGAACAUCUGCGCUGCGACGCCGCGACCGGGGCGCUUUGGUUGAAUGUGCAGCGGGAGAAGGUGCACACGUUCCGGUCGAAGCAGAGCAAGGGCCACAGGAAGGUUACGCGGAGCUACUGCAUGGUGCUCACGCCGGACGGGCGGUACGCGCGCUACGCGCGGGGGGAGUACAAGUUGCGCGAGGAGCGCUGGAUGUGGCGCGAACGAGAGAAAGUGUCGUGGAAGGACGUCCCCCAUGUCAACGGCACGCUCGCGGCCGACGCGGGCUUCGGCACAAAAAUGUACGACGCGUGUGUUGCACAGUGCCCCUGCGCGGCGUCGGAGGGCCGCGACGACUUCCCCGCUCUAUCAAGGGCUCUCCUAGACCCAGAUGCCGACGCCACGCAAGUACCCGGCGUCUGCUUCGACGAGAGCCCGAAGUAUUGGUUCCACUUCGGCUGGGUCACGACGGCGCACUGGUUUUUGAUUUUCUACCUGGCCCUCUCCAUCCUAGGCGUGUGGACGCUCGCGUGCUGCGUCUCGAAUCGGUGCUGUUAUGCCUUCGGGACGCUCCAGAAGAUCCGCAACGAGUUCGCGGACUCCUGUCCCACGCUCGCGACGUACUUGAAUAAGCUAUGCGUCGAGCCGUGCAAGUUAUGUGUGAAGUGGUGCUGCUGCUGCUGCAUGUGUUGUAAAGCGACACGCGUCAGGAAGCCUCCGAUACCGACGGCGAUCGAGGUUACGGCUCAGGGGCCGCCCGGGACGGCGAUGACGGUCGUGUGCCAGGGCGGCCACGUCAACGUCGUCGUGCCCGACGACGUCGAGGAGGGCGGCGUCUUCGCGGUGAACCCGCUGGUGACGCAGCAACCGCUUCCACAGGUACUGCCAGAUAAUGAUGUUACCCUCGACGCGCCGCCCCGCUCAAGAUCUUUGAUAGAACAGUUUCGACUCUUGGUCUGGAAGGUCUACUGGACCAAGAGAAGAGAUAAAGCCUCUCUCAUAAAACAGGUCCUGGGGCCCGCUCUCGUAUUGGUGGUGGUGUGGCUGUUGUACGUCGCUGGUGGGUUAACGUUCAUACCCUCAUUAAGGUGGAACCCGAAGAACCCGAACUACAAGUGGAAAAAAGGUAAAUUGAGGGACUACACGAAGGGUCAAGUUUUAUCGCAUGGCAUGCUGGAACUGUACCUAGGCUUUAUUGGCUUCAUCCCCUUCGUGCAAGUUGUCGUUGUAAGUUUGGUGGAGGAGCACGGGUCUCGUCUAGUAGAAUACAUGAAGAUGGCCGGGUUGCGGCCCCAGGCGUACUGGCUCGCGCAAUUUGUGAGCGAAGGCGUGAUCAUUGGUGGUUUAUCUGCCUUUAUGAUUGCGGUAGUGGGCGCGCCGGGCUUGUUCUCCUUCGCGGGGCAUGCCGACGUGCCCUUCUUUAGCUUGUUGGGACUGCACUGGACUUACUUACUAGCAUUGGUUUCUGUUGGCUUUUGUGCCGCAGCUCUCGUGCCGAACGCGCUGGUCGCGUCGUUAUUCGCGUUGAUCAGCCAGGUGGCGGGCGUCGUCUGCUACUUCGUGGGAGCGUGGCGGGAAAAGUCCAACGGCGCCAUGGCCGCGACGUCGGUCUGGAACAAGUCCGUGACCAUCCAGCGGUGGUACUCGCUGUACCCCCAGUUCGCCUACAUGUUACUGGUGGAAGGCUUCCAGUCUCAUAGAAAAAAGAGGUGCCGCGUCUGGGGCGCCUAUAAGGGCGAGGCUUUCAUAUCAAGCGACUACGGCUGCAGCGCGCCCGAAGGGAAAUCACUGGAAGAAGCGAAGGACUCUGCAUUAGUCGGCUUAGGAGCAUUUUUAGGAGAGCACCGCUGCCCGGCCUUCGACGAAGCGCUCCAGUACUCGUACUCGUACGACUACGAUGAUACUUAUGCGGGCCCCUGCGCGGACCACUGUACAAGUUGUGACGGGUCCGCGGACAACUGUCAAAGUUGUGACCAAGGGUAUACGUUGUACGACAACUCGUGCUUGGAGGGCCUGGCGAGCUGCGGGGUGCAAGGGCCCUACUCGACCUAUCCGCAUUUCUAUAAUCAAGAGACGGGCCAGCCGUCGUCGAGUUGGACGGCCGCCUUAUACGGUAUGAUGUUGUUAGAUUGUGUCAUCUUCCUGGUGCUGGCGUGGUAUUUCGCGCAAAUCGUGCCUUGGAGCGAGUUCGGCAAGCCGCGGCCGUGGUACUUUCCCCUCUUGCCUUCCACUUAUAUGUCGGUGCCGCCCGCGAAGGUCGAGGACGGCGACGAGAGCUUGCUCGAGGGCUGCCCUUCUGAUGCGUAUGAGGAGCGGACGGGGGAACCGGUCGUGGUCGUGAGGGGCUUGACCAAAACCUUUGGCGAGUUCCGAGCUGUGAAUGGUGUGAGCUUCGAAAUGGUCGAGGACGAGGUGUUCUGUUUGUUAGGACAUAAUGGGGCUGGAAAAACAACCACAAUCAACGUGCUGAGCGGUUUGUUACCACCGGACCCGUCCGCCCGGAAGACGGCGGUGGUCUACGGGAAAGAUAUAGGUAAUCCGGAGGCGAUCCAUUCUUUACGGAGGGUGCUGGGCGUCUGCCCGCAGCACGACGUGCUGUUCCCCCAUUUGACGUUGAGAGAACAUGUCGCUUUUUUUGGCCAACUCAAAGGUAGGGAUGCAGUGAGUGCAGCCAAAGACGCGGAUUCAUUGUUAGAGGUCUUCCGGUUAUCUGAUAGAGCCCACCACCUCGGCUCCGAAUUAUCCGGAGGCCAGAAGCGCAAGCUGUCCGUGUCCAUUGCGCUGUCGGGGUCGUCGAAAUUCAUCGUGCUCGACGAGCCGACGGCGGGCAUGGACCCCGUGGCUAGAAGAGAAUUGUGGACGUUGCUGCGGGCCGUGCGCAUGAAGCGGGCCCUGUUACUCACGACGCACCACAUGGACGAGGCCGAGGCGUUGGGGGAUCGCGUCGCGAUCAUGGCCUCCGGUAAAGUCAGGGCCGACGGGUCCGUCGACUUCUUGAAGCGGGCCUUCGGUAAGGGCUACGCGGUUAGUUUUGAGGCUCAAAAUGCGGAGCAGGCGCGGAGCCUCGUUUCAAAAGCCGCGCCUUCAUCAGUGGUCGAGGACAUCGCCGAGGCGUCUCUUGCUGGAAUGCAUACGACGGACGCCCGACAAGCCUACACGCGGUCGCGGUCGUCGCGGUCGGGCUCCUUCAGCGAAGAGGUUGAAUCGUCGAUGCAUACAGAAGAGGAGGGCACGCAGGCGACGCCGCGGGGCCUCGUCCGGUGCGCCUUCUCACUACCGUUAGAUAAGGGCGACGAACUUCCGGCGCUGUUCGGUGCUUUACGAGGCGUCGCCGAGUCCGUGGCCUUCUCGACGACGACACUCGAGGACGUGUUUUUGGCCGUGGGUGAGGACGACGCGGUCCACAACGUCGCCAAGGUCAACGAGAGGGGAGAAUCGUACAAGCAAUUAUAUGAGGGUGAGAAUAUAGUGGACGUGCCCCGGAGUCUACUAAGGCAUUCUUCAGCCAUCCUGAGAUUAAGAGGGAGGUUAGCAUUCAACGACCUCAUUACCGUGUUAUUACCGUUCCAAGGGAUUGAGUAUGUGGUGAUGGAAAUCCACCGCCUCGUCACGGGCGAGAAAAGAUUAGGGCCCCUGUCUCGACUGGCGGCGAAGUACGUCGUGGGCGUCCGCGCACUCAUAUUGGCCGUAUUACCGUCCGUCGGCGCUCUCGUAUUAUGCAAAGUCGCCAAGGACGGCUCGCUGGCUGGGAGUGGUCGGAAGUGGGGCUUCCGGACGAAUAUUUUGCUCGUGUUGCCCCUGUUCGGCAUCUGGGUGCUCCUACCUGGUUUAAUCGCGGAGCCCGUCGUGAAGGAACGGAAAGUUAGAUUACGUAAUCUGCUGGCGGUGAGCGGGCUCGACCACCGCGCGUACUGGCUCGGGAGCUUACUCGGGGAUUUGGUGCCUUUAGUGUUUGGCGUGUCGGUCACCCUACUCGCUAUUUAUGGGUACGGCAUCUCUUUCUUGGUGGAAGAGACGAAGACCCGUACAAUAUUCCCUGAGAACUACACGAUCAUGGCAGAGACGGGGCUCCCCGCGAUGAACCCUCAGACCGGUCUCCCUCUCACAAAUUUAGAAUGGUGCUUCGCGCUAGGAGAUUAUGAUGAUUGCAUCACGACGACGCGAGAGCGGCGGACGUGGCUCGGCGACGCGCCUCAGCUCAUAGCUAUAUACCUGCUAUUCCCUCCCGCCGUGAUCGCGUUCUCGCACUUGAUGUCCUACGCUUUUUUAGAUCCGUUCGUGUGUGUCGGUGCCACGCCGGUCUACGUGAUAGGCUUGCUGAUCCUGCCGGACGUCUUCAUCAUCUUCCUGGGACUGGCGUUCGGGGGCUGGAUGCCAGGUAGCAAGGAGGCGCAGCUCUUCAACUGGAACGCGUUGGAGGCCAUGGCGGCCUUCGCGUGGUUGGGAUCCUUCGUCUCGCCACCGAAUGUUAUAGUUUUCACACUGUUAAGAGUCAUGCGCAUGGCUUUUGUUGCGACGAAGGGGAACAGUCCGGAAGCCUGGAACCCGACGUGGCCGUCGUACUGGGUGUUGUGUGUUAUCUUAAUCACGCAGUUCGUGGUUUUUGAAGGUUUAGCCUACGUGAAGGAUAGGCUCUAUACGCGGCCGCUACCAUAUACGAAGACGCGCUUCUCGACGCGUCGUAAGAACAAUCUGGACGAGGACGUGCUUGCUGAAAGAGAACGCGUGCUGGCGCUCUUCGAAGAUGGCGAGAAAGAGGAGGAGGACGUCGUAGAAUCGGAUCCGUCGCUGGUACAAAAAGUAGUAUCAAAAGUAACAGCUGUAAAAGACGCGUUGCUGGACGAAUUGAGCGACCCGAACUACUACGCGCCUCGCAUAAAAAUGGACGCCGCUCCGGAAGACAAGUACGGCCUCAACGUGCGGGAGGUGCGCAAGGUCUUCCCUCCCAAAAGGCACGGUCAAAGAGCUGUGGAAGCGGUGCGCGGGUGCACCUUCGGCGUGCGGACGGGCGAGGUCUUUGGGUUGUUAUCUGUGUGGAAAUCAAAAUCUUACGUUGCGUUCCUCACCGCUCGACGGAGCCAGCACGGCCGCGUCAUCGCCGAGAAAUGACUUCGUGAAGAAUUGUCGGGCGCACCCGACGCGCUCUUGAUUUCCACACAGGUUAUUAGGUGCGAACGGCGCGGGCAAGACGACGACCAUGUCCGCGGUCAUGCGCGCCGUCGAGCCGACGUCGGGCGACGUCGCGAUCUCGGGGACCUCGGUCCUCUCGUCCUUCGCGCAAGCGUCCGAACAUUUGGCGGUCGUGAACCAGCACAACACGCUGUGGGACGCGUUGAGCUGCGCCGAUCAUUUGAGAUUGUUUGCUAGACUGAGGAUGCUCGAGAAUGAAGUGGAAGACGCCGUCGCGGCCACUUUGGCGCGGGUGGAGCUUUUGAACCAUGCGGACAAGCCCGCCGGGCGCCUGUCGGGGGGCAUGAAGCGCAAGCUCUGCGGCGCUUGUCUGUGUGGAAAUCAAAUUUCGGGCGCACCACGACGUCGUCCCCGUGGCCGCGUCUGCUCGAUGGCGUGGAGCUCCACGCCAUCGACGCGACGUUGUUCCCGUGACCGCGUUGGCUCGAUGGCGUGGGAUAACCUAACUCACUGGUUGGUUUCCACACAGGCGCGUGCGCGCUGAUCGGCGACCCGCAGAUCGUGUUACUGGAUGAGCCGUCCGCGGGGUUGGACCCCGUCUCGCAACGGAAUUUGUGGAACCUGAUCAAGGCGACGAUGGCUGGAAGAGCUGUGGUUUUAACGACGCAUAGCAUGGUCGAGGCCGACUUCCUCUGCGACCGCAUCGGGAUCAUGGUCCAGGGGCAGUUAAGAUGUUUGGGGACGUCCGACCACCUCAAGCAGCGCUACGCGUCGGGCUACGAGUUGGUCGUGAAGAUCGAGGACGACGCGUUGGAGGGCGUCUCAGCAUUCGUCAAGGAGCGCUUCGGCGCGACUCUAGCCGCCGCAGAUGCCGGCACUUUAACGUAUGAACUGUCGAAGUCGUCAGAGAAGUCCGCGGAUCUAUUAGCUGACGCGUUCCAGGCCUUUGACGAGAGUACACGCAAGUCUUUGAAGGUUGCGGAGUUCUCCGUCGUCCAGGCGUCGCUCGAAAAAGUGUUCAUACGCAUUGUCAGUGGCGAGGGCGGCGAGCACGAGGCGAGGGACGCACAUAAUCGCUCGGUGCAAGUAGCUCAAGACUUGGGGGAUGAUUCCGACGAUGAUCUGGACAAUUUUCAGUUCCGGGAGCGGACCUGCUGCAAGUGCUCGUACUUCGCGCACGGUUUAUUGUGCAAGUACCACAGUACGUGCUGCUGCGCCAUGUGCUGCUACAUGUUCAUGUCGAUAUUUGGGGCGUCGUGGUUUGUGUGGUUCAAUACUUGUACCCUUACCUUACUGUUCCACAUGUUCGCCGCCGUUACGAAUUGUGUGGGGAGGUGCUGCUUGCAGGAGCCGAAGGUGGAGGACUAGUUGGGUUUUGUACAUAUAUCUCGCGUCGUCGUUUUGAAGAAGUAAGUUGUUUACUGGAA